GCGGGGCCGCGGAGGGACCGCCGGGCGCGGCGGGCGCGCGCGGGCCGCGGGCCCGCCUUCGGCGGUGGACGAGGAGCUCGCGGAGAUGAUGCGCGCCGAGGCGGACGUCCAGGGCGACUGGCUGCGCCCCUUCCGCGACCUCUUCGGCGGCAGGGAGGGCCCCCUGGCCCGCGCGCUGAGGAGGCAGCGGGAGAUCACGGAGGAGAUGCAGCGGGUGAACGCGGAGCUCCAGGAGCGCAUGGGCGCCGAGCUGGGCGAGGAGCGCCGGCUGAGCGCCGAGCUGCAGGUGCAGGUCGACCGCCUCCAGGCGCAGGUGGCCUCGCUGCAGGACUCCUACACCGCCCUGGGCGACCAGCUGGAGAUGACUCAGGUCGAGCAGCAGCGGACCAAGGAACAGCUGUCCCGGGCACGCUCGGAGGGUGACGGCGUGGCUCGGAGCCUGGCGAAGGCGGAGCAGAGGGCGGAGGAUGCGGAGCUCAAGCUGAAGCGCGUCGAGCAGAAGAAUACGUUCCUGGCCGCCGACAAGAACAAGCUCAGCGCCAACUUGAGGCAGACCCAGGCCGACCUGGAGAGCGCCAAGGAGGAGCUCGAGCGCGAGUCCGCCAAGCUGAGGAAGUCGGCCUCCGUGAACCAGGCGCUCAAGUCCGAGGUCUCCGAGGCAAACGUUGCCGCCGCGGAGGCGCAGAAAGAGCUGCAGGCGCUCCAGGAGCAGUCGGAGGCCGACGCGGCGGCCGCGGCGGAGACGAAGAGCGCACUGGAGGCGCUCCAGGCGCAGUCGAAGGCAGACGCGGCGGCCGCGGCGGAGACGAAGAGCGCACUCGAGGCGCUCCAGGAGCAGUCCAAGACCGACGCGGCGGCUGCGGCGGAGACGAAGAGUGCACUGGAGGCGCUCCAGGCGCAGUCGAAGGCAGCCGCGGUGGCCGCGGCUGAGGCGAAGAGCGCACUCGAGGCGCUCCAGGAGCAGUCGAAGGCCGACGCGGCGGCCGCGGCGGAGACGAAGAGCGCAUUCGAGGCGCUCCAGGUGCAGUCGAAGGCCGACGCGGCGGCCGCGGCAGAGACGAAGGGCGCACUGGAGGCGCUCCAGGAGCAGUCCAAGACCGCCGCCGUGGCCGCGGCGCAGACGAAGAAGGCACUGGAGGCGCUCCAGAAGCAGUCGAAGGCCGACGCGGCGGCGGCGGCGGAGACGAAGAGUGCACUGGAGGCGCUCCAGGAGCAGUCGAAGGCCGACGCGGCGGCGGCGGCAGAGGCGAAGAGCGCACUCGAGGCCGAGGUGGAGCAGGCGCGCCAGGGGCAGGCUCGGCUGGAGGGGCAGCUGGAGGAGUCGGAGGGUCAGAAGAACCGCUUGCAAGAGGCGCUGAGCCAGGCAGCGAGGAGCCAACAGGAGAUGCAGGCAUCCCUCGAGGGCCAGAUCGCUGCUUCCGAGGAGGAACGGGCCAAGGCGGUGAAGGAAGCCCAGCUCACCGAGGCGGAGCUGAAGUCGGCGCGCGGCACGGAGGCGGCCCUCUUGGACCGCCUGUCGAGGUCGGAAGAGGAGGCAUGCAAAUUGGCGGAGGAGAAGCAGCAGCUCGAGGAGGAGGGCACCGCGGCCGCGGCUCGCGAAGAAGAGCUGAGGCGCGAGAUCGCGCAGGCGAAGGGCAAGGGGCAGAAGGCCGCGCAGGAGCUCACGCAGGCCCGCAAGGAGAACGACAGCCUCCUUGAGCAAAUGCGGGCCAUGGAGCGCAAGGUCGAGGCCGCGGUGGCCGAGUCCAAGAGCCUCGAGGAGAGGUUGCGCGGCCCCGAGGGGCUGCGCCCCUUCCUCCUGCUCGACCAGCAGGGCGGCGCCAGAGGCGCCAGGUCCGAGGCCGAGGCGAGCUCCAGGGCCAAGGACAGUGACCCAGUGCCAGCCUGAGCCAGGCAGGCCAGCCGGGCUUCUCCUCCUGUUCCCCCUCCGUCCCCCCGACGUGCAGCCCCACCGUCCACCUCCUCGUCUGGCUGCAGCCCCGAUUCAGGGGCAGCGCUAGGGGGGGGGGAUAGGCUCAGGGGAAGACGCAUCGACUCCCGAUCGCCCAGUCAUCGCCGACAGGGGCCCGAUGGCCCGACCCGCCCACAAGCGUGCGGUUUCGUUAUCAGGGGCACGUCGCCAUCUGUCGGCGAUGUAUCGCCGAUUCCGGGUGGAUGUUCCACCCCUGAGCGAACCCCCGCCUUCACGUUGCUUUUCACCCAGGUUGCGCCAUGCUGGUGCGCUUUUCGGUCUCUGUGGUGGGGGUGUGGAGGGUCAUACGUCACCUCUUCGGGUACACCUGCGAGGUGCCUGCACCCCCAUCGAGUAUGGACCUCGUCGGGCAAUUUUCGGAGCUGCCGGGCUCCACCUUUGGUUUUCUGUUGGGCGUGGGAUCCAGCGUAAAAUGUAAAGUUUUCAGGUCCCAUGCGAUUCACCUGUGCUGCCCAGACGUGCGGCGCUCGAUACAAACAUGC